AAGGGCCCUUGGAGAUGCUUAUAAUCGAGUUCGAAUCUGUUUUUGGACCUUACUGGUCCAGUUUGAGAGUGUUGUUGGACCUCGCUGGACCAGCUACUUUUCUCGGAACGACGUCGGAUUUAUCAUCUUCUUCUUGCUACAUGGAGAUUAUAGAUUUUUAUGUUAGAAUUUGCAUUUAAACUCUGUUAAAGAGAAGAGUAAAUCAGAGAGAGAUAGAAGGAAAGAUGGGUAGAAAAGCAGUUGCAACGAUAGUGAGCUUGUGGGUAAUUCCAAUUUCAAUCCUUGUCAAUCAAAUUGUAUCUGAUCCUUACAUGGAUGAGAUAUUUCACAUACCUCAAGCUCAAAAGUACUGCAAGGGCAAUUUUUUUAGUUGGGAUCCCAUGAUUACUACUCCACCUGGAUUGUACUUUGUUUCACUUGCCCACGUUGCUUGUUUGUUUCCAGGCAUGUUUCUUGUGCAAUUUGUGUCAUUAUUUUCUGAAGCAUGCUCCACUGCAAUUCUCCGCUCUACAAAUGGUGUCUUAGCGGUAUUGUGCAGCAUUGUUGUAUAUGAGAUAAUCACCCACUUGAGGCCGACUCUUGAUGAAAGAAAAGCAUCAUUUCUUGCUGUGAUCUUAGCUCUGUACCCACUCCAUUGGUUUUUCACUUUUCUGUACUAUACCGAUGUUGCAUCACUCACUGCAGUGCUUGCUAUGUACCUUGCAUGCUUGAAGAAGAAAUACCACUUCAGUGCACUGCUUGGAGCCUUUGCAGUUUUUAUUCGGCAAACGAAUGUUAUAUGGAUGGUUUUUGUCGCAUGCAGCGGCAUCAUAGAUUUUACUCUAAACAAUCAAACAAAAAAUUUGAAAGUGGAUGUGUUAAUUGAAUCAGGAAAAGAAAUUGGUGAUUUAAUUCCCUACAAUUCAGUCACAACAGGCUCAAACAUGAGAAGACGAAAGCCUAGUAGGGCUGUGGAUCCCAGCAAAUAUUUGAAAACCACUAUGAAUAGCUCUUCAAGAACUGAUUCUACAGGUCUUCUUGAUGAGAUACAGGAAAUCUGUUUGAUAUCAUGUCGUAUGAAGUGGAGAUUUUUCUUAUCCUUUAGCCCCUUCUUUAUUGUAUUGGUGGCCUUUGCUGCUUUUGUCAAAUGGAAUGGGAGUGUAGUACUAGGUGCAAAAGAAGCUCAUGCAGUUUCACUGCAUUUUGCACAGGUUAUGUAUUUUAGUCUUAUUUCUACUAUGGCAGCAGCUCCUCUGCAUUUCUCAUUAAGUCGUGGGGCAGAUAUGUUCCAGUCAUUCUGGAAAAGCAGGGUCCUUAGUUUCUGUCAGUGGGUAGUGGCUCUUUCUGCUGGCUUCAUCUCAGCACAUUUUUUCAGCAUAGCUCACCCCUAUCUACUUGCUGACAAUCGGCAUUACCCAUUCUAUCUUUGGAGGAAGGUCAUCAAAGCUCAUUGGUUAAUGAAGUACCUGUUGGUUCCAUUUUAUAUUUAUUCAUGGUUUUCAAUCCUUAGCAUAUUGGGGAAAAGUCGACAAAAAAUGUGGGUGUUGGCAUUUUUCCUGGCUACAGCUGCAGUUUUAGUUCCUGCUCCACUAGUUGAGUUCAGAUACUAUACCAUACCAUUCUAUUUCUUGAUGCUUCAUUCCAAUAUCAGUGAUAAUCAAAGUUUGAUCCUUAUGGGACUGACGUAUUUUGUAAUCAAUUCCUUCACCAUGAUGAUGUUCUUAUUUCGACCAUUCUAUUGGAGCCAUGAAACUGGGGUCCAAAGGUUUAUUUGGUAGAUACUAGAUAGGCUCCUUGGAGAUAUGUCAUGAAAUCUUGGCACACAACUCAGAAGCCAUUAACCAAGUUAUUAACCUUUUUGCAUUAGCAGUAGGCCUUGUGCUUUUUCAGUAAUGUAUUUUAGCUUUGAAUCAAAUGGAACAAAAUUAUUUGUAGUUCAUCAGCAUGGGAUUUGAUCCUUGAUUAGGGACCGAACUCCUUGCUUUCUUGGAACUUGUUUUCAAUGAGAAAAGAGGCGAACAUUCAUUAA